AUGCCCGCAGCCAUAAAAACCGGCAGCAUCCCAAAUAUAGCCUGGGAGACUGCUGCUGAUGUCUAUUUCCCGCCCGAAUUCGACGAGAAAAAGAAGUACCCGGCUGUUGUGUCCGCUCACCCCAUCGGCUCCUGCAAGGAACAAACCUCAGGCAAUGUCUACAGCAAAGCCCUAGCGGAAGCUGGCUUUAUUGCCGUUGCCUUUGACGCCUCCUUCCAAGGCGCAUCAGGCGGCGAGCCGCGUUUCAUGGAGAAUCCAGAAUUCCGCGUAUCCGACUUCCGCUUCGUCCGCAUUGGCGUGCUGGGUAUUUGCGGCGGCGGCGGCUACGCUCUCAACGCCACCAUGACCGACUACCGCUUCAGAUGCUGUGUGGCCGUCACACCCGUCAACUUCGGCCGCCUCUCCCGGGAGGGAUUCGCCAACUUUGACCCUGUUGCCUCGCUUGAGAAGAUGGCAGAGCAGCGCACUCUCGAGGCCCAAGGCGCCAGCCGCAACGUCAUCAACCUACUGCCGCCCACACUCGAGGGCGCCAAGAAACUGACCACGGAUGUCGACGUAGUCGAGGCGACCGAAUACUACAAGACGAGCCGUGGAAUGGCACCCCAUGGCGCUACGAGCGGUCUCUUGUCGUUUAAUAGCGCGGCUCUCGCGUGGGAUGCCUUUAACCACGCUGAAGUGCUCAUGUCGCGGCCAUUCAUGGCUAUUAUCGGAGAUGUACCAGGUAGCUUCGGCGCCUAUCGCGAUGCGCAUGAGAUAUAUGGCCGUGCGGGGUCCAGGGACAAGCAUAUCGUCGUCCUCCCUGGCAUCUCGCACUACAUGCUUUAUGACAAGCCUGAGGCCGUGAAGCCUGCGUUGGAAAAUGCCCUGCCUUUUCUUAAGAAGCACCUAGGCGAAGCUGUGUAG